AUGAGCGUAAGGCAGAUCAGUAUUCACAGUGACUCCCAGCUCAUAGUAAAUCAGAUAACGGCAGACUUCGCAGCAAAGGAUGCCUCCAUGUCAGCCUACCUCUCGGCAGCUCACCAACUACUACAGAAAUUCCAGGCCUACGAGAUACGGCAGAUCCCCAGGUCAGAAAACAGCCACGCCGACGCGCUCUCACGAUUGGCUUCGGCAAUAAAUGACAAGAUCGGAAGGAAGGUACCGGUGGAGAUAUUAUCCCAGCCAAGUACAACCGCCGCUGAGGUGUGUACCGUUCGGUACGAAGACACAUGGAUGUCUCCAAUCUAUGUCUUCCUGACAACCGGAACCCUUCCUACGGAUAAGACCCAAGCUCGGAAACUCCGGUACCGAUCGGCAAGAUACACAGUCAUCGACGAUGUUCUGUACAAGCGAGGCUACACGACGCCGUAUCUAAAGUGCCUGACCAAGGAGCAGGGGGACUACGUCCUUCGGGAGGUCCACAGUGGGAUCUGCGGUGACCACUCUGGAUCCCGAUCGCUCGCGCACAAGGUCUUCCGACAGGGUUAUUUCUGGCCGACUCUUCACCAGGAUGCGAACACAUUAGUCAGAAGGUGUGACAAAUGUCAGCGGUUCGGUAGUGUCCCUCAUAUUCCUGCCGAGCCGCUGUCGCCGAUCGUGAGCCCAUGGCCGUUCGCCCACUGGGGACUAGACUUAAUUGGUCCGAUGCCAGAGGGCAAGGGUCAGGUCAAAUACGCUGUCGUUGCCGUAGACUACUUCACCAAAUGGGUAGAAGCCAAGGCCCUAGCGACGAUAACGGCAGCCAGGGUCGAAGAUUUCGUCUGGACGAACAUUUGCUGCCGAUUCGGCAUCCCCUACGCCAUCGUCACGGAUAACGGCAAGCAGUUUGAUUCGGAAGUCUUUAGGGAAUUCUGCACCCGACUCAAAAUCAACCUGUUCUUUGCUUCGCCAGCACACCCCCAAUCGAACGGACAGGUCGAAGCCAUGAACAAAAUUGUCAAGAAGCUGUUGAAACGGCAGCUUGACAAAGCCAAUGGAGCCUGGCCGGAAAAGCUUCCAGAGGCACUAUGGGCCAUCCGGACAUCCUACCGAACGGCAACUAGGGAAACACCAUUCUCUAUGGCUUUCGGUUCGGAGGCAGUAGUCCCAGUGGAAAUUGGAGAGCCUUCCUACCGAACGGAAACCUUCGCACCGAAGGCGAAUGAGGAAGCGCUUGCUUUGAGCCUCGACCUGCUCGAAGAACGCCGAGCACAAGCCAACCUUCGGAACGAAGCUUACACGCAAUGCGUCUCUCGGUACUAUGACUCCAGGGUCAGAUCCCGUUCUUUCCGAAUCGGAGAUUGGGUCAUGCGGAAAGUCUCUUUGGCAACCAAGAACCCCACGGAAGGAACCCUCGGACCUUCCUGGGAAGGACCCUACGAAAUCAUCGGUAUGCAGCGAUCGGGGACUUAUCGACUCAGAGACUCCAACGGAAAGACCCUCGGUCAUCCUUGGAAUGUAGAGCAUUUGAAGUACUAUUUCAAAUGA